UAUUUCAUAAAAAACAAAAAACGAAAAUGCCAUUUGAAAUGCACUCUCGAGUCUUCAGAGAAAUUCAGAUGAGCAAGUGAUUGAAUUUUAGGGGGUCUCUCUCUCUCUCUCUUCUUAGAUGACAAAAUGGCACUCGUAUGUGAUAUCAAAAGCGACUCCAAGGAUGGAGAGAAAAUCGUGGAAGGUGAAGAGAACAAUGCUGUCGAUAGUUCGGCGAAAUCUGUUGACGAAGACGAUUUGGAGGAUGGGGAAAUCGAGGACGACGAGGACGAGGAUAUGCCUGAGCAGUUGUUUGUUGCGACGCCGGAGGCCUCGAGUUCCUCCACGUCCAUCCCGAUUUUACCAGAUCUGUCGAAGCCACCGCCGUCUCUAGAGUCACCACCGAUCGCAGCUGCUGGUAUCAAGCAGCUGGACGAGAAGAAAAGAGAUGAUAAAAAGAGGCACGAGAAGAAGCAUUUGACUGAAGCUGAGAAGAGCGUUAUGCGGCUCCACAAGAUGGAACGGAUGGAGCGGGAGAAGCGCGAAAAGUACCGCAGGGAACAAGUUGUCCAUACGCCGCAAAUGGAGGUGGAAGAGGAUUUUGCUACAUCAUUGGAAAAGGCACUUGCCAAAGUUCUGAAGAAGGACAAGACUGGGAGCGAGGAUGAAAAACGGCCGGAGGAAACGGAAAAGCGUUGCAAGAAGCGUAAGCGGCGCGACAAGCACAACAAAAAGAUGAAGAAGUGUAAACAAGAUUCGCCUAAAGAUAUGGACGAGAUGGAUGAUAGCGACAUGUAUGCUCAAGGAUGUAGCCGAAGCCCGGACGAUUGUUCAAGAACAACGAAUCAGGAUAACGAGGAAUCGUACGAUAGCGAAGCGUCUUCUUCGGACAAGAGUCGCGAAACGAGAGUCGUGAAAAUCCCGAACAAACGAUUUGAUAUUCGCAACAAAAAUAUGAGGGACAAAUCACGCGAUCAUUCAAAUAUGCAAGCGGAUAAAAGAAACAAUACGAUGUCGAAGACGGGAAAACGAAAUACAGGCGUUUGCUUACAUUACCUUCAAGGCCACUGCGACGAUGAUAAUUGCCCCUACUCUCACGAGACUGUCCAACCGAUGAAGCUUGAACUGUGCAAAUUUUACUUAUUAGAAUGCUGCGCCAAAGGCGACAAGUGCCUCUACAUGCAUUCAGAUUUCCCUUGUAAAUAUUACCACACCGGUAUUCCGUGUCCGUUUGAAGAGACUUGUAAAUUUGCACACGGCGGACCUCUGUCAGAAGGAUUGAAGCAAAUUCUAUUCAAACAUAUCGAAACGGCGCCGAAGGAGAUUUUAGGCAAUUUCCCGAGACUCAGCCGAGAGAAUGCUUCGGUGAUGAUCAUCCAAGCUCAGAAGAAUUUGGAGAUCAAGUACGGUCCCAUCAAAAAGGACAAUUCUAAUUUGAAAGAUGAGAAUAUUCCGUCCUUGAUGGACGUGAACAUUGCGAACGUGAUGGACGGUGGAUCGGCUAUGGACAAUGUUAGCAGUAAUAUGCUUUCGAAUCCUCCGCCACAGAUUGGCGUGGAUAAUAAGAAUCGGAGGAACAGGCCUUCCAGGUGGCAAGAUCCGGAACCUGCUGAGAAAGCAGCGCAAGAAAAGCCAUUGGCUUUCGGGACUAACUUCAAAGAUCAAGAUAUGAGGAUUAGUAGUUUUUCUAGUAAUGGAGACGUCGAUAUGAGGACUUUGAAUUUGAACGUUGGUCCACCUAAGAUACAUCCAACGAAUAUUGUUAAUCCAAAUAUUCUGGCUACGAAUCCAGCAACAAUAAUGAACAUCUUGACGCAACAGCAGUUGCAGAUGCUGAACCCAAACAAUUUGGCUAUGAAUGUCGAUCAACAACAAUCACAACUGCAACAAAGUUCUACGACGACGUUGGAUAUUGAGAAGUAUAAGAUGGACGCUAUGGGAAAGAAUACGGAUAUCAGUGCAAGCGUCGUGGAUACGGAUAUUAGAAAUACGAUGGACGUCGACGCACGAGCAGCGAAGAAGGAAUCUUUUAGCAAUGACGACGACGACUGCGACGGUUUGCAAAUCGUCAUGGACGAGGAGGAGGUGAAGACCGAACCUGUCGAUAUUCUCCCAAAGUCGGAUUUAAUAAAAAGGAUUCAAGUGCAGAGCAAGGAUGAGAAAAAUGAAGAUGAUAAGACUGCAAUCGCCGACGAUAACGAUGAAAACAAUCCUGAAAUCGAUUGGUAUUCGGAUGAUGAGGAUGAAAAUAAGCUGACCAUCAGAGACGACGAUUUCGAUGAGGUUCAAAGCAAAGAUGAGCCGAAAGAAGCAGAACCUGCUCCCGUCAAACCUUUGGAUAUGAUAGGAAAAUUGGGAGAUUUAUCUAAAAUCGAUAUAUCCGCGGAGGUCACCAAAUUACUGUCCAGUAUAAACCAGACGUCGACGAGCACGAAGGAGAAGGACAACGCUAAGGUUAAUCGAGAUCCGCGUUUGGUGUCUGCAGAUCCAAGGAGGAAUCGGGUUUCUUCAACUGAAGACGAACAAAAAAAGUCGGUCAGUAUUUACAAUUCUCCGAAAACGACCGCAGAGACGGAUCAAGAUUUAAGAUCGAUAUACGGAAGCGAUGCUGUUUAUAGACCAGGAAGUCGACCAGAUGUGGAUUUAAGGCAAAUGGCUAUACCUUUCAAAGGUAUAGAGAAUUAUACGCCAGCCACAGAGAUAGAUGCGUCAAUAAGUUCGCAUCCGCCGGUGUCAUGGUCUGUGAAGGUGGUGGACAUACCGAAACCGGAUUACACUGGUCUGAAGCUCUCCUACAGCGAUGCUCAGGCGAACGGCGAUCCAAGACUUCGGAAGAUUUUCCGCUUGAGUACGGAGGAAGUCGAUAGUCCUGCGAGUCCUAAAGAGAGUCCGAAAGUGCAUGCGCCGUCGACGCCGCGCGUGGAUCCUCGAAGACGGAAGAUGGAAGCGGAAGCAGCGAGUUCCGCUCCUAGAACGGACAUACAAACUCCGAUGAAUUACAAUCAGCAACUGACGAUGCUUCAGACCAGUCCGUUUUAUCAGACAUUGACGAGCAACCAGAAGGUGAUGCUUAAUCAGGAGAUAUCGAUGAACUGCACCGAUAAAUCGGGUCAGAACGAUCCGGUAAUCGCAUCGAUAUUGCUGAAUUUAGGGCUGGUAGCGCCCGGAUCGCAGAAUGCACCGGUGACAGGUGGUGGUGGUGGACAGGCACAGGCCGUCAACAUUCUUAACAACGUGAACAACCUGGUCAAUUAUCAGCAGAACCCACCGAUCGUGAUGCCGCCUGUGAACCCGAACAUGGGUCCAGGUCUCCUCGGCGCCGGUCCACCGGGCAUGCAGAACCUGCCCACCGAUUACCCCAUGAACUUUAAUGCUGGUAUCCUGGGGAACGGUCCACCGCCGCCCUUCCAGAACAAUUACCCACCGCAACAGGAGAACAACCCGAACAAUUUCGGUAAUUUCACCGAUGACUACUAUCCAGAUCAGCCGCCGCCACAGCAGCAGCAGCAGCAGCAAUUCAAUCCCAACCAAAACAACAAUAACAACAACAACAAUCGCGAUAACCGAGGGUUCAGGGAAAACAAUAAUAACAGGGGCGGCCGCAACCGUGGCCGCAACAACAACAGAAAUAAUAGAAAUUUCUUUAGGAGACACAAUAGGAACAACCGAAACAAUUCCCCUUAGACCUUUAAACAAAACAAAAAUCACAACCCCCCCUCCCACACACUAGAAAGUUUCAUUUCCGUGCCAAAUUUCUAUUUUUCGUUAUGGAUUUUUACAUAUUUUCUUUUUUUUUUGUUUUCUCAUUCCAGUUUGUAAAUAUUACAUUUUAUUUAAAAGUUUUCCUUCUUUUCAAAGCAAAUUCUGCUUGCGGCUUGUAAAUAUUAUUUUUUUUUUAUUUAAGCAUACGAUUUUUUCGAUUAUUAUUUAAUAUAAGCGAUAGGACUUUUCUCUUGUAAUUUAUUUAAAAAUAUAUAUAUAUAUAUAGCGAGAAAACGUGCUAAUUUGGAUAGGAAACAUGUACUGAGAAGAGGGAAAUAAUAGUAAUAAAAAAAUAUAUCGUAAUUUCACUACGAUAUAGAAUUUCGGCAACGCACGAAGCAAAGUUUCCUCCGUUUCGAUUCGCUUUAUUUCAUUAUAAUUUAAAACUAUUUCCUGUGUACAUAUACAAAUGAAGUUUGCAUCGGAUGCCCAAUUAUGAAAUUAAGUUAUAUUAUAGAUAUAUAU